AAUUCAUCCUUUACCGAAUUAUAUUUAUUUUCUAAUGUAAAUUUCAAAGACUUUUAUUUUGGCGUGGCGAUGUGACGUCAUAAGGCCGCGCCGCGCCCCGCGUCGGUGAUUCUGCUGAACAAAGACAGAUAAACUCAACUGAGAUCCACGUGACGCACUGCAGUAAAGAUGGCGUUUAUUAAAGAGGAGAGUGAAGAUAUUAAGAUUGAAGAAGUAUUCAGAGUCAAACAUGAAGAUACUGAGGAAAAAACAGACCUGAUGGCACUGAAAGAGGAGAGUCAAGAACUGAAUGAAACCGAAGAGAAAGAUAAAAAUGAGAAACAGCAUGAUUUCAAAACUGAACAAAAAUCGAUUAGUUGCUCACAGACUGAAAAGACUUGCUCACCCAAAAAAGCACAAACUACAAACCUUUAUUCCAACAUGAGAAUUCAUACUGGAGAGAGACCUUUCACCUGCCAACAGUGUGGGAAGAGUUUCACACGGAAAAGAACCCUUGAUGUCCACAUGAUCAUUCACUCUGGAGAGAAGCCUUUCACCUGCAAACUGUGUGGGAAGAGUUUCACGUAUAAAGGAAACCUUAAGACUCACAUAAGAAGUCACACUGGAGAGAGUUCAUUUGUAUGUGAUCAGUGUGGAAAAAGUUUCAAACAUAGUUCAAAUCUUAAAGACCACAUGAGAAUUCAUUCUGGAGAGAGACCUUACAUCUGCAAACUGUGUGGGAAGAGUUUCACACAAAAUGGAGGUCUUCAGAAUCACAUGAUAAUUCACACUGAAAAGAAGCCGGUAAUAUGUCCUCAGUGUGGAAAGAGUUUCACACGGAAAAGAACCCUUGAUGUCCACAUGAUCAUUCACACUGGAGAGAAGCCUUUCACCUGCAAACUGUGUGGGAAGAGUUUCACGUAUAAAGGGAACCUUAAGACUCACACAAGAAGUCACACUGGAGAGAAUCCAUUCUCAUGCGUUCAGUGUGGAAAGAGUUUCAGAUAUAGUGUAAACCUCAAUAAUCACAUGAAGAUUCACUCAAGAGAGAACAGUUUUAAAUGUCAUCAGUGCGAAAGGAGUUUCACAGACACAAAUCACCUUAAGAAUCAUGUUAAAAUUCACAUCGGAGAAAAACCGUUCAUGUGCCAUCACUGUGGAAAGAGUUGCUCAAGAGAAGAUAGCCUGAAGAUUCACAUAAGAAUUCACACUGGAGAGAAACCUUUCACCUGCGAACAGUGUGGAACGAGUUUCAGGGUUAAAGAAUACCUUGACAUUCACAUGAGAACUCACACUGGAGAGAGACCUUACAAGUGUCCUCAGUGUGAGAAGAGUUUCACAUGUCAAAGCAGCAUGAAACGUCAUUUGAAAACACAUUCUGGGAAGAAAUUGCCGUUUUCUUUAGUGUGACGAGGUUUAGAAAACUAAGUAAUUUCUACAUUCAUCUGCACAUUCAUUUUGGUAGACAUUCAAUUGUAGUCAGUGUAAGAAAAACCUUUUUGCCAUCACACAGAUACAUGUGAAAAGUCAUGCAAAUGUGAGACCCUGUUUGUGUUCUUUCAGGGCUCUCAAGUUUUACCAAAAGUUUGGAGUGAGAUUAUAUCUGUUAGGGGAGGAGCCUCUUAAAUAUUUGCAGCAGCAGCCCCUCGGCCACACCCAAUUCUGUCAAAUUUUUAAUAGCAGUUUAGAUUUACCUAUUGCUCAUAAUUAACCAGCACAAAUAGAAAUUAUAACAAUUUGUAAAUCCGAUAAAGAUCCAAAUAAAAUUACCAACAUCAGCUCUCACUAUCUUUAAUGACAGGCAAGUGAUUUUGACCAGGUAUCGUAAAAUCAAAAUGCUAAAAAAGAAAACGUGAAGGGGUACUGCAGUCAUCGGAUCUUGUUCUUCCAAUUUCCACUCUGUGUGUGUGCCCAUCUAUGUUGUCUAGUAACAAACGUGCUUGCAGCAGGAUCCUGUAAUUUACCCAGAAACAACAAAUUCUAAUUUCUGAUUGGCUGGUAGGUAUAUUAAGCUGGGCAUACACUGUACAAUUUUCGUCCAAUUUUGAGCCAAAUUCUUAUCGCGCAAGCUACGAAGCUACGAGCGUUUUUUUUUCUUCACUGCGCCUGCAUGAAAACAAGUGAAACCAUGGCAACAUGUGGUGUGGUAUAGACGGCAGCGUUGGAGGCUACACAGCUCUGGGUUACCUUUACUGCAGGUGGGAAUGGGUGGUCAAAGAAAUGUAGCGCUGGUCCCGCCAUCCUACAGUCUUGCAAUUUGGAAUGAUGGAGUUACAUAAAGAUUAGACUUGUGGUAGUCGAUGUUACACAGUGUUUGCACAUACAGUGAUUACAUUACACCAGUGGUUUCCAACCUUUUUUUCAUGGGCCCCCCCUUUUGUGCAUUUGUACUUCUGUGGCCAUACCUGACCGUCUGCUUUGCUGUAGUUUCAAAUAUUGAAUGUUUGUUGUAGAUUCCCUACAGUAUGUUCCUAUUGAGUAUGUCACUCAAUUUCAUGUGUCGAUUCCUCAGUCAAAAUAUUAGUCAAACUUUUACCUUGCUGGGAAAAACAAUGUAACUGGAAGAUUAUAAAUUGACAUAAAAUGAACAAAAUUACUUGUUCCCAUUGAUUAUAGGUGUAUUCCAGACAACUGAGAUCUGAGAUUUACAUAGGAGCAAGACUGUUACGGCCUUUAAAUGUGAUGAGCAGUUAUCAUACACUGAAUAUGACACAUGACAGGCAGCCAGUGUUGUAGGGGAAUACUAGAGAAUCUUAGUGCCGAGCGAUAGUGCUCAAAAUGGGCAAGACGUGGCCCGAAUCAACAGGGUGUCACUUAAGAUGCACUAAAAGACGUUGACGAGUUCACCUGCCCAAGUUCGAUCAAGUUUAGUUUAGCUAUGGGCAGCUACAUUGAAGACAAUUUUUCGCAAAUUAUAUUGGAGGAAAAGACUGCUGCUGUAAUGACUGAUGGGUUAGAAAUGACUGCUGUGGCAGUAAGAAUUAGUUGGAGGGCUGAUUUGGGAAUGGUGGAAAACGCCGUUGCUACGGCAGUGAGAAAUAGAAGAUUUGCUUGGUGACAGACCUGGUGAAAGGGAAGAAGGGGUCCAAGAUUUAAAAAUCGGAAAUCCUGAUUUCACAUGGAACCAAUGUCCUAAAUUUCUGAAAGGCAGAAAGUGAGAGAGACUGCAGUUUGAAUUUUAAAUUCUGCUGUAAGUUGUGCUUUAAUUAUAAUGCAAGUGGAAGACCAGAUUAACCAACUAACAAACCACAUUAGUUGCUUCAACAAAUCAGAGUAUGUGAGCGGUGAGAUUUUGAAUGGAUUUUUCACUCGCUCCAGGAGUGCUCCAUUACGAUUACAAUUCAUGCCAACGGCCUAUAAUAUAACUGCUUAUUUAGCAAAAAUUUGCAUAUUUAGCUAACUUGAUACAGAUGGAUCACUCAAAUCAGAAAGAAUGUGAAGGUUGUGCUGACCACAAUGGACGUGAGUGGGAAGUUAUAGUUCAAAGAAUUUGUUUGUUCCUUCUAGAUACUGAAUAUUUUUGGGAUUUAAACAGGUACAACACUUAUUCACACGCAAUCCCUCUCAAUAAUGCAUUCAAAUAAAUGUAAUCUUACAGUGCUCCUCAUGUAUCCAAUUGCGAAUGAGCAGAAAUCUGUAAGAAAUGCUGCGAUCCGUAGGUAAAAUAACUGAUGAAACCAUGCUGUUAUUUGCAUCCUUCACAAACUAAAUUUGCACUGAAAAAAGCAGCAAUGAUAGCUUUUAAUUCUGACAACCAUGUAAUUAGCUUGUCGUCUGGUAGGAAAAAAGUUUACACACUAGUGUUCCUAUAAGCCACUUUGAAACUAUUCUCCUGUUAUUUUAUUUUAAUAUGUUAUGAACAGAACUGUGAUAUUUUAAACAUUAGUUUAACUGAAAUACUUUAGUGUUUCUGAUAUCAGUGAGCGAGGAGUGGUGCGGGAGCAGGAAAUGGUGAACCUGGAGCGAUUAUUGAAUGCUUGGAGCAUGGAGGGGAAAUUGUUGCUGCUUCACUCCACUCACAUACUCUGCAACAAAUGCAGAACUUGAUCUGCAUUUGUUGAAGCAAUAGACUACAGUGGAGUUGUCCUGAUGGGAGAAAAUGCUUUGGAGGCCCAUUUUAUAAACCACAGGGUAGUGGACAAGACGAGCAGAGGCCUUUUUUUUUUUUUACUUUUAAUGGCCGGCCAUUUUUGAGAAGUAUGACUUUUGCAAUUUU